GUUUGUUACUAUCAUUUCAGAGCCAUGUCUGGGUCCAGGACUGAGCCUGACUCUGAGCUCCAGAAGGAUGAAGAAGAAGAAGAUGAGGAGGAGGAAGAUGCACUGCUGUGUGAUGAAGAAGAGAUGGAUCUUCUUGGGGAGAUCUUUGAUACACUGAGCUCUCGUAGCUCCCAUGACCGUGGCCUGCUGUACGGCACCCGCAGCCUGGAUCUGUUUGGGCCAGACAGCCAUGACUUUAUCACACGGCGUGUUCCAACCAAUCCAAGCCAAGAGAGCUUGUCUCUGUCCAUCAGUGGCAGUGGCAGCUUGCACAGCUGGAAUCUGGAAACAACAGAGGAGUUAUCAGACCUGACAGCAGACACUGACUGGCCAUGCAUGGACACUAGUGUACCAGAGGAGGAAGGGUUGGAGAAUAUGAAUAUGCAGUCAAAAAACAAAACAGAAGAGCCAAAAAAUGGACAGAGGCAGGACGGAGAAAAACAGGAAGAAGUGACAGGAGCAAUAAAUGGGAAUCAAGCAGAGGAAACUGAUGAUCAAAAUAAGUUUAAGGAAGUAAAGUUAGAGGAAAAUAUAGAGAAACAAGAUCCGGGAGAGGGUGUAAGUUUAUGGGAGGACCCGGUUAAUGAAAUAUGUGCCAAGAGCGAUGAAGGCUUAAAAGAAAACAAAGAGGAUGAGCAAAAUCAGACAGAGGAGGUAAUUGCAGAACCUGAGAUGGAAAGAGAAACACAUGAAAGUCCAAAAGCAAGAGAAGAAGAAAAAGAGAGCCAACUGGAGAAAAAUGAGGUGGUAAGAGGAUCUUUAAGCAAACUUAUAAACCCAAAUCCUAAACAUCCCAACUCUGUUGAAGAAGAGCAAAAUCAAGGGAAGGAGGCCGUUCCAGAUACUACAGUCUCUCCUGGGCCUCAGAUUCCUGCUGUUGACCCUAACCCUACAUCAGUUCAAGAAAAAAAGAUUGAAGUAGCUACAGAAAAACUGGAGCAAGAGGUGAAGCAGACCCCCUCUCCUCCUAAAGUGCUAUCUGCUGCAGCACGCUUUCAGUCUCAAGGAUCCACCCAAAGCUUCCAGGUAAAGUCCAGGGUUAAGGCCUUCACUGAACCUGGGAAACCUUGCACUGUGUUCAGAAACAGGGAGAAUGCACAAAUGCCAUGUGACUCAAAUACAUCAGAAACAAACAACCGCACGGAGGAAGCUGAAGAGGAAGAACGACCUCCAGUCAAAGUGUCAGAACUGAAGAAGAGAUUUGAAGCUUAAACAAUGCUGGUUACAUUCUAGUUUUUGUUACUUAAAAUCCAAUUAAAUUGAUACAUUUGGUUUCUCUCUGCAUUUCCCCUGCCUCUCCGUUACUCUUAAUCCCAAGCCCAUUUGGUUUUACUGAAAAUAUAAAUUAUGAAAUAAAAGUCAACAAUGUAGUGUUAUUUAAAGGCUGACCUCUGUAAAUUGUAGCAAAUGUUACUCAAAUGAGGGUGAAUGUUGCACUUGGGGAUAAGUUUCAGAUGAACAUUUUGUGCAUUAGUAUUUAUGAAUAUAACAAGCUGCAGUGUAUACAAACACAAAGUAAUGAAAAAAAGAACAAUGUUCCCAUUUUAAGUAGUUUUGGACUUUUUAAAGGCCGUCUCUCUACAAUAACAAAAACAAUACUGCCACACUCUUACAAACUGGCUGUUUUCUUAGUAUGUAAACACAUUUUAUUGCUUGUAUAUUUUAUACUUGGUGAAAUGGUUAAUUACUUAGAAUUAAGACAGCAUGGCUGAAAUAAAUAAGAAGAAAGUAAGAAAAAUGCAUGAAAAAUGUUUUUCCUGUUGCCUGCUGGGAUUUGUGUGGAAAAGGCAUGCUAUCCAUCAGAUUCUUUAAUAAAAACUGACGCAUUCUGGGUAUUUA